AUGUCCAGCGUUAACUCGGCGUCUUCCAUAUCCGUAUCCUCAACAGCUUCAGCAUCCGCGACUGCUACCAGCUCUUCCGCAAGCGCCUCGGCGACCACUCCGGUCCCCUCAUCUACCUCUUCCAUAGACUCCUCUUCGGCAUCUUCGGCGUCAUCGGUUUCCGCAUCCGCAUCCGCGUCUGCCUCAUCAGCGAUCUCCGCCAGUAAUGCCUCGGCUUCGUCAGCAGCUUCGGCUAUCGGCAGCGCUUCGGGGUCUAGUGCUGGAGCCAGCGCCAGUGCUUCUGCUAGCAGCUUGAGCGCGAGCCUCGCGUCGAGCGCUUCGGCUGCUCAGCAGUCGGUAACGACCAUCACUCAGGUCGUUACGCGCACAGGAUCCAACGGACAGCUUGUCACUGAGACUAGCAUCCAGACCAGCGCCGUUUCUAGUAGUGGCAACAACAACUCUGACUCAUCAAAAACCGGCGCCAUCGCGGGUGGUGUGGUCGGCGGUGUGGUUGGUCUCGCUUUGAUUGCCGGACUGCUCUUCUUCUUCUUCCGCAAGCGGAGAAGGUCACUCCGUGACGACUUUGACGAUGGCAUGUUCGACCCUGGACGUGCUGCGAACCGAGCUCCGGUCGACCUGGCCGACAACCAGCCCAAUCCGGACGUGGAGCCUUACUUCAUCCCUGGUGUGGCUUCUACCGCCCAAUCGACCGACCAGUCCCCUCAAAUGUCACAGUACCCCCGGUCCGCCGCUACUACCGAUGGCGGUUACUACAACAGUCCUGCCGACGUCUCUCGCGGUCCCUCAAGCGCGUCCACUGCUGGCUUUGCCGGUCGUGGUGCCGCUGGUCCCGGCAUGGGAGCUGGAGAGCCUAUGCCGUCCAUGCCCGAGGCUUCCAACUAUCUUCCGGGCGGGUCCAGUUCGGGCUACAAUGCGGGUCAGCUCGCACCCGCGGUCGGCGCUGGCGCUGGUGCAGCUGCGGUCGGCGCAGGUGCUGGCGCCAUGGCGCGCAUGUCGGCUAAGCAGAGGGAGGCGUACCAGGAGCGCCAGCGAUUGCAGGUCAACAACCAGCAGCCUGGGCAAGGCGGCUCCGGCAGCGGCGGCUAUGGCUCGGACCCCACCAGCCCAGUGACGGAUGGCGGACGUCAGACCGUUGUCAGUCAGGAUGCUGGCCCGCUUGGCUCAGGGGAGGAGGAGCCGUUCCAGCAGGGAGGAGAGGUGCCGCCAACUUAUGACUCUAUUCGUCGAUAA